UCUUCCGUCCGACAUGGGACACUAUUUUUCGGAUAACCAGUUUCAUAUCCAUCCUGACGGUGCACCUACUUUACCCCUUAAUCCUAUGCGUAAAGGGUUUUGGAAGUACAUUUGCUCCUCCGCACAACAAAUUAACUUAAUUUACCUCGGCAUAUCUGUUUGUCUUGCUGCGAUAUCCUUCGCCCUGUUACUAACUAUUUUCUUUGGCCAACCACAGGUUACUCCUCGAGGCUUUUUCAUAUCGAACUCUGGAUUUUGUUCCGACUCCGGAAAACGAAUAAUGACUGACCGUGGUGGUAAUGCGGCAGAUGCUCUUAUUGCAAUUGUCCUCUGUCUUUCUGUUACCCGACCUGAUGCUGUUGGCCUCGGUGGUUGUGGCGCAUUCUUAGUCCAUGUCCGCGACGCUAACAAGAAUGAUCUAUUCGACGCAAUGUGUUCCUCACCUAGCGCCUUCGAUGUAACCAGCCAGAACGCGGCCUACAGUGUUGGUGUGCCUGGGUUACUAGCUGGGCUUAAGUCGGUGCACGAUGCAUAUGGUUACCUCUCGUGGUCUGACCUCUUUCAACCAGCCAUCGAUAGCGCUGAACAUGGUUUUAUGGUGCACCCAGACUUGAUGAGGAUUGUGCAAAAAGUCGUUAACUCGACCCCAACCAGCCACAUCGCUCACGACAUUGAGCAGAAUGUAAAGAACGGCCUUUAUCCUCCCCAACCUAGUCUUGCAGCUACGUUGCGCAAACUUGCCACCGAGGGCGUCCAGCCAUUUUACAAUGGAUCGAUCGGCCAAGGUAUUGUGGACGAAAUGCAGAAACUUGGCGUUACGUGGGUACUCGAAGGCGAUCUCAGUACCUAUCAAGUGCACAAACCCAAUCACACAGAGCUCGAUUCAGCCGGGUUCACUAUCCACGGCUUCACCUCGCCGUUCGUCGGUGGACUCCUAGCGGCCAAUGUCCUGUCGAAUUUGGACAUGCUAAACCACCUGAGACCCCUUAGGUCUCGCAAACUUGCUCUCGGUGAACCAAAGGAAGUCGCCCAGCUCUACCACAGGCUAAUUGAGUUGACCAAAUUGAGUCUUGUUCAUGUGUCUGGUCUCGGCGACCCCUACGAUCCUAACUCAGGAAAGAUCACAGUCAGUCGUGAGGACAAAUUCAUGAGCCUUGAAACGCGCAAGUCUUUGGUCUCCAUGGUCAGCGACGAUCGAGUUCUCAGCACCUCUGCACUCGGCUACGUGGAUCCGACAUCUCAAGAUGGCGAAACGUUCGUUUUGACUGUUGAAUCAGACAAUUUGAUUGCAUCAGCUUCUCUCAUAAUGGGGAGCCCGUUUGGCUCGGGCAUCAAAACCACCAACACAGGAAUUCUUCUCAACGCUGCGCAGCGCCUUUUUUCUUCAGCACCUCCCAGUUCCACAACAUCGCUGAAUGUCCCCGCACCCGGUCGACGACCCCUUGCUACAACCAGCCCGAUUUUUUUCGAAACGGCUCAACAGAAAUGCGGCCAUCGUUUUAUUGCUGCCAGUUCGAGUGGUCUGCAAGGCAUAGUUGGUAUCUCACAGGUUCUCACGUCGUCCUUCCUGUACUUAUCGAACGUAACCUGUUCCGGCGAUGAGCAACGCCCGCCCCUCCCUUCUGCUGAGGAAACAACCAAGACCUACACACCCGCCGUUGGAGCCUGUCUCCCUGUGAACGCCUCUCUGGCGCUCAAGCGCUUUACCCUGGACUUCCUGCCUGUCCAGAAUUCUACGCAGCAUGAGUUCGUUGUCCUCCUCGAGCCAGGUUUCCCCUCGGCUAUUAAGAAGGGAUUGGAGGAUCUCGGGCACAAGGUGGUUGCCACAACUAACCCCACUAGCGUUGUGGGCGCAGUUGGGUGGACCCUUUACACCACAAUUGGUGGUGUUGAACAAUCUUCUGUGAAUAGCUCAUCGUGGUUCUGA